UGUAGUAGUUCAGGCAGACACAUGUCUUACGCUACAUGACUUAGUACAAACAUGGCGGGUUUGGAACUGCUGUCUGACCAAGGCUAUCGUCUGGAUGGAAGAAAAGCCACCGAACUCCGGAAGGUUCAGGCCCGCAUGGGUGUGUUCGCCCAGGCUGAUGGCUCCGCGUAUUUAGAGCAAGGGAACACCAAAGCUCUGGCUGUUGUGUACGGUCCACAUGAGAUGCGAGGCUCCCGCAGUCGGACCCUUCACGACCGGGCCAUCAUCAACUGCCAGUACAGCAUGGCCACCUUCAGCACGUCGGAGAGGAAGAGGAGGCCACACGGCGAUCGCAAGUCUACCGAGAUGAGCCUCCACCUCAAGCAGACGUUUGAAGCCGCUGUGUUGACCCAGCUGUACCCACGCUCUCAAAUUGACAUUUAUGUCAAGAUCCUACAGUCAGACGGAGGAAACUACAGCGUGUGCGUCAACGCCGCCACCCUCGCCAUCAUCGACGCCGGCAUCCCCAUGCUGGACUACGUAUGUGCCUGCACUGUGGGCUUUGUGGACGAGACGCCGCUCGCAGAUCUAUGCUAUGCUGAGGAAAGCGGCGGAGUGAGCUCUCUAGCUUUGGCGCUGCUGCCCCGAGGCGGGCAGAUUGCUCUGCUGCAGAUGGACGCCCGACUGCAUCAGGACCACUUGGAGACCAUGAUAGACGCCGCCAUGACGGCUUGCAAAGGCAUGAGCAAGGUGCUCGACCAGGUGGUGCGUCAACACCUCCAAGAAGUCUCACUGUCCACUGGAGAAUGAUAGAUCAAGAACAAGAGGACUGGAACAAAUAGUUCAACUUUUUUAUCCAUUUAUGACAAAUUACCAUUGUACAUUAUUGUGGAUAUGUGAGCAACAAUAAUUAUCAUUUCAUUUUUUUACAUAAGUAAAUGCAUAAAAUUCCUUGUAGAUCAGUGUUUUUUUUUUUUGCAAUAAUUAGAUCCUCAUGGACUUCACCUGAAACCAUAGGGUUAAUUGUAUUUUAUUAAAAUACCGUAUUUGGUUAUUUAAUAAACUUACACUACAUAAGACUUUUUUUUUUAAUGGAGCUAUAAAUACUUGUUUUGUAUAAUUAUAACUUUAUUUGUGAUAAAUGUAAAACCAAUUAGUGUUGGUAUUGGGUUAAUCCUGGCUUAAAACUUUUCUUAUCCUUUUUUAAAUGUCAAAAAUGUAAACAAAUAGUCUUACUCUUUGGCGGUAUUCUGCAAAAGUGGCUCAACCAACCCAGGCUUUGUACUCAAGAUGCAGCUCAAGAAAACCUAAGUUCCCCAAACAGAGUUAAACGGUACUGCAACGGUGGUUAUCAACUUACUUUGUCAAGUCUGGUUCUCGGCUUUGUGCUCAGUGCACAUUCACAUAGAAGGGGGCGUUUGACGUCAUAUUAUUCUACUUCCACGCUAAAAUGAAGUGAUCCCAGCCAAUGUAUUUUGCACAAGAUGAGUAAGUCAUGAUUAUGGAGCAUUAUGAAGAGUUAAAAAUGAUUACUACCAAAAGCAACACUGUCGCCACCAAUACUUGUAGAAUGAGGGAGGACCGCUGGCCGAAUAAAGCUGAGCAUGUAAAUGCGCAAGUUAACACUGAUUAUUAUACUAACUAUAGCCUACUAGUCUUUUCGUUUAUCAGCAGUCAACACUGCACAACUUUGACAUAUUAACACUUAUCCAUUUCAAAAAUAAAUACAUUGGAACAACUGUUUUUUUAAUCUUUUAAAUAUGUAUUGUUAUUUUACUGCUAAAUUCUGUGUCUCGUUGUGACCACUAGGUGGCAGUGUUGACGUGUUUUGUGGCGACCUUUGUUAGCAUAAAAAAAAGUGUAUAAGUUUUCUUCAAUCUGAUUGAUGCCCCAGAGUUUCUAUUCCUCCAGAAAAUAUUGUGAUAUAAGAAGACUAACAGGCUGAGUACUCAUGCAAGGACUGCUGUGACAUUUACAUUGGCCCAGUUAAUAUUUCAUAUUGCAUUUCAUUCCUGAUGCACGGCUCAAAAAGUGGGCGAAUGUAUCGUAUUCUCUCGGAUGAAAAUCUAUAU